AUGGCAUCUGAUGAAGAUACAGCAAGUGAAAAGCCUCACGCUGUGUGUAUCCCAUUCCCAGCACAGGGCCAUAUAAACCCUAUGAUAAAACUGGCCAUUCUCCUGCACCACAAAGGCUUUAAGAUUACUUUUGUUAACACAGAACACAGCCACAAACGCUUAAUCAAAUCCAAAAGCCUCCAGUUUCUCAAUAGUCCACUUCCAGAUUUCGAUUUUAAGACAAUCCCAGAUGGCCUUCCUCCUAUUGAUGAUGACGAAAUGCAUCAAAUUCCGUCUCUCUGCGAUUCUACUCAGAAAAAUUGCUUAGCCCCUUUUCGCCGCCUUCUUGCACAACUCAACGUUACUGCUUCACCAAAUUCAAAGGUAACUUGCAUUGUUUCUGAUGCUAUCAUGACGUUUACACUUGAAGCUGCCCAAGAAAUUGGUGUGCCUUGCGCGCUACUAAGGACUACCAGUGCAGCCAACCUCAUGUGUUAUCUACAAUUACCUCGGCUUAUUGAAACGGGAAUAUGCCCUCUCAAAGAUGAAAAGGAUUUGACGAAUGGCUAUCUAAACAGUACUGUUAUAGACUGGGUUCCUGGCUUAAUACACCUUCCUCUUGGAGAUUUUCCUACCUUCGUUCGUACAACAGAUGCCAAUGAUCUGAUGUUAAACUUCAUUAUCAACGAAUCAAAACGAGCUCUAACAGCACCAGCCAUUAUUAUCAACACAUAUGAUGCACUUGAAAACCAUGUUCUGAAGGCACUGUCCUCUCUUUGCCCCCCACUCUACCCCGUAGGCCCUCUUCAGCUUCUCACUAAUGGCAGAAAAGUUGAACCCCUUGGAUCCAGCUUGUGGAAAGAAGAACCCGAGUGUCUCGACUGGUUGAGCACCAAGGAUUCAGAAUCAGUACUUUACGUGAACUUUGGCAGCAUUGCAUCCAUAUCCAGCCACCAACUGAUUGAACUUGCAUGGGGACUUUGUAAUAGUGGAAUGAAUUUUCUAUGGAUAGUGAGAGAAGACCUAGUAAUGGGGGAGUCCGCAGCGUUGCCACUGCAGUUCAAGGAGGAGACGAAAGGAAGAAGUUUCAUUGCAAGAUGGUGCGAUCAGGAGCAAGUACUGAAACAUCCUUCAGUGGGUGGAUUUUUGAGUCACUGUGGAUGGAACUCGAUUGGAGAUAGCCUGUCGAGUGGGGUGCCUAUAAUUUGUUGGCCGUUCUUUGGAGAUCAGUUUCUUAAUAGUAGAUAUGCAUGCAGUGUAUGGGGUACUGGAAUGGAGAUUGGUAAUGAUGUGAAUAGAGAUGAAGUGGAGAGUAUUGUGAGAGAAUUAAUGGAGGGAGAUAAGGGUAAAGAGAUGAAGAAAAGAGCUAAAGAGUGGAAGGAGAAAUCAGAGGAAGCCUGUGUUUCAGCUUGGAUGAAUUUGGACAAAGUGGUCAAAGAGGUUUUACUAUUCAAAUUUUCGACUUUAUCAAGAUUCUCUUUCUCCUCAAUUCAACAAUUCUUCAACUCUUUCUUUUCCAAGAAAGCAAUGUCUUUUAUUGGGACACAACAGAAAUGCAAGGCCUGUGAGAAGACAGUUUAUCCGGUUGAGCUUUUGUCUGCCGAUGGAGUUAGUUAUCACAAGUCUUGCUUUAAAUGCUCUCACUGCAAAGGAACCCUCAAGCUUGGUAAUUACUCAUCCAUGGAAGGUGUAUUGUACUGCAAGCCUCACUUUGAGCAGCUCUUCAAGGAGACAGGCAAUUUCAGCAAGAACUUUCAGUCACCUGCAAAGUCAGCUGAGAAGUUGACCCCAGAACUGACAAGAUCACCAAGCAAAGCCGCUGGUAUGUUUUCUGGGACACAAGAUAAAUGUGCUACUUGUGGGAAAACAGCAUAUCCUUUAGAAAAGGUGACAGUGGAAAACCAAAGCUAUCACAAGUCUUGUUUCAGGUGUUCUCAUGGUGGAUGUUCUCUAACUCCGUCAAAUUAUGCAGCCCUGGACGGCAUUUUAUACUGUAAACCUCAUUUUUCCCAGCUCUUCAAAGAAAAAGGCAGCUAUAACCAUUUAGUCAAGUCUGCAUCAAUGAAACAUCCAACAGCCGCUGUUCCAGAUUCUUGA